CCCAUGGUUCCUCGCGCGGUGGCGUGCCUGGGGACCUGCGAGCGGGCACGGAGGGUCGGAGCACGUUGUUGCUAGUGGGCGCGGCUGGCCUGGGCGGUGGAGGCCUAGCGUUCGCUUGGGUCCUGCGACACCGCGCCCUUCUCCACCGCUUGGCCGGGUCGCCUGGCCGAGGCAGCUCCUUCCGGCCCGUGCGGCGGGAUUCCGUGGAGACCCCCCCGCCCAGAUCCUGAGAGUCUCUAUAGAAGCUGGAAUUCAUCACCAUCCUUCAAAAUGCAAUGGAAGGUACCACGGACUAUGUCUCAGCUGGCACUCAGGACAUUCUUGGAACCACAGAAAGCCAGGUCCUUGGAACACCACCGCAGCAGAAAAGGACCAUUACUUGGGCGUAGAGGUGAAUGCAGAGUGGUUUGGACACCACACCUUCGGAAGCAGUGGCUCCAUUUACCUGCUGUUCAGUGCCUUCCAAAGCAAAGGAAUCUGUUAGAUGCUCAGCCACCGCAGCUUGGAGUCCUUCUCCAGGAACAGUGGGAGCAGGAUAUUUUAUCCAAGAGGGUUUUUUCUUCCAGUGCCACAUCCCGAGAAAGUCCAUCGGAAAAAAAGGAAGAGCCAGAUCCUUUACAAGACAAGUCUAUUAGUCUUUAUCAGCGAUUUAAGAAAACAUUUAGACAAUAUGGAAAAGUCUUAAUUCCUGUGCAUCUAAUAACUUCUGGUAUUUGGUUUGGAACAUUUUACUAUGCAGCUAUAAAAGGAGUGAAUGUUAUUCCUUUCCUAGAACUCAUUGGAUUACCUGACAGUGUAGUAGACAUCCUGAAAAACUCCCAAAGUGGAAAUGCCCUGACAGCAUAUGCCAUGUUUAAGAUUGCAACACCUGCCCGCUACACAGUGACCUUGGGAGGAACGUCCUUUACUGUGAAGUAUUUGCGAAGUCAUGGCUACAUGUCAACCCCACCACCUGUCAAGGAGUAUUUACAGGACAGAAUGGAAGAGACUAAGGAGCUCAUCACAGAGAAAAUGGAGGAGACAAAGGAUAGACUUACUGAAAAAUUACAAGAAACCAAAGAAAAAGUUUCUUUUAAGAAAAAAGUAGAAUAAGGGUGCCUUAUAUAAGAUGUUACAGAAAACCCCAUCCUUUAACCUUCUGGAGACUCUGGGCAAAGAACAUGUUUUGAUUUUUUUGUUUUUUGUUUUUUGUUUUUGUUUUUUUUGGCUAAAAGUAUUAGUCCUCUGAGAGUUAAAAGAACAAAGAUUGUUUUUGUUUUUAAGUAACAGUAAGGGGGGGAGGGAAUCAAUGUUUUUCAAAAUGAAAUGAGCCCAGCAUAAAAGUUUUAAAUGAGUUGCAGCAAUAAGCAGUAGCUAAUCAGGGUUCCUGUUCCAUCUCCUCAGAAUCAAAUUUGCUUCAUGCUCUCUGAUCCUGCAGUAUGUGUACUGGGCAAUCCACUCUUAGAGUGACAGUCACUAAGUGCCCACUUCUGUGGCGAUGAACUUAACCAUUCAGAUUCUGGGUGAGAGAUUGGAGAAGUUACCUACCAGUUAACAUGUGACCUUAUUUGAAGAAGGUUGUAUAUCCAGUCUUACAUUUAUAAGUAAGAUAUACUGGUUAUGUGAUAAAAUGGACGCCGUAAAAUGGUUUUUAACUGGAGCUAGUCAAAAAUCACAUUUUUAAAGCAAAUUCUUUUUCAAACUUGAGUUGGACACUUGAACUGUCAGACUUUCAUGCAGCUCACUUCUGUCUUUAGCUAAUCUUUGGAGGACAGUGAAAGUUUUACAUAAAUUUUGCUAUUGAAAUCACAUGUAUCAGCAACUCAAGUUGACUGUUCUUAACUAUAUCAAGUUUUGAAAGAGCGCUGCUGAUUUUGAUAGGAGCGAGUCUGUAACUGUGUGCUUGAGAGUGGAGGCCUGUGGAGGACAGGUGGACGGUGCACCUGGCUUGAUCUCAGAUCUCUCCUACUACUUCAACCCUGGUGGGAUUUUGGUCUGUCAUGGGUACCAGUAGAACUAUGCUUAACAUUUCUCAUAUUGGAAGAGAAAAUUACUGCUUAAAUACUGUGCUUCCUUGUUUACAGUGUGUAGUGAAUCAGUGGCUGUCAGGCUAGUCCCAUGCCUGUAGAAUGUCUGUCUGUGUGGGGUCUUUCCUUCAGGUCUAAUCAUUGGGUUGACACUAGAGCAAGAAAUGGCCUCUUUAGGGGGCCAUGGUUUUGAAAUGCCAUCAGGAGAAUGUCAGAGACCUUUCCAUAUAGCUAUCCUAUUCAGUCCCUGCUUCGUGACAAGAUUCAUGGCAAAUGCAUGGUUUGGCCAGAUUUAAAGAAUGAGGAGAUAACUUCACAUUUGAGACACCCAGGCAUUAUACUGAAACACCUUAGUGAAAAUGCUAUGCAAGGAGUCUACUGGGUUGGAAGAAUUACAGAGGGGAUUUGACACGGGUCUCUGCUCCUUUGUUUUUUGGCAGCAUGAUAAGGAGGCAGAGUUCAGUGCAUUGCUAUCAAUUGAUGGCACACUUUCAAAUAUAAACAGGACAACACACUUUAACAUGCGUGUAAAACAGUAAGAUACUAAAUGCUGGUGUACUAACAUUUCUCCCCUUUGAAACAACCAAGAAUGUCAUGCUAAGUGUGGGGAUAUAUAGAAUUCUUUCUCCUAAAACCUUUUUUUACCUGUCUUAGUGUGUAGGACGUAUCAUCUAGUGGAGGUGACUUGAGAGCUCUUAAGACUGUUAAUAAUCAUGAGGCUGCAACUUUCUUGUCCUGAGUAGAUAUCUUCUGCCUAGUCAUUCAAGUCUCACCACCAUUCAGUUUUACGUCUGGGUUGUGUCUCCCCAAUUACAGCGCAUGAGGAGCUGCCUGUAUAUGCUUUUAAAUCCAAUGAAAAGGGCUCUAAGAUUUUAGAAGUUAUAUUGUUAAUUUGGCAUCAGAGAUGUCAUAAGAUGCUGUUGCCAAAGCAAGCAACAAACAAUUUGUAGGAGGCCCUGCAAUGUGUUUGAUAGCAGAUAACAGUAACAUGUGAACUUAAAUUAUCAAAAUGUAUAAUAGAUUUUGUAUAUGCUGAACUGCAUUUUAUUUACAUCCGAUCUUGUAUUUCUCAUAGCUGCAAGGGAAAUCAGGAAGCUCCAUCCUUUUGUGUGCACAUUUAUCCUUUUGAAGGAUAUGUUGGUGUCAUGAAUUAAGCUGUGACUGAGAUUUAUUUUUUUUAAUGGCCAGAAAACAUUUCCCUAGCAAAUUAGUAAAUUCAAAUGAAAACGGAUUAGGUAAGAGGCUUGGUUUGUUAAAGAAUAAGUAUCACAUCACUAUUGAGAGCCUUUUGUGCAAAAUAGGUUGCUGUUUGGAUUUUACCAAAGGGAAAAGAAAAAAAGUAUGUAUAUUAGGGUUAGCCUUCUCCCCAUAGUGAAAUAAUAAAACUAAGAGUUCAAAUA